GUGAGUCAGGCCGGUCGUUGCUUGGUGCCCGUGUCUUUCCGGUUCCCGCUACGGUACGCUACGGCACAAGUAUACGUACACAGUAUACGUACACGACGACACGACGCGACGCGACGCGACGGCGCGAGCGCACGAUCGUCGGUCCCACCAUCUCGCUUUCGUCCGGACUGCGCCUCCGUCGUUCGAUUUGGAAUCGCACGCGCCAAUCAUUCGCGAUCAAGCGAGAGAGUCUGGAUGCGCCACUCGCCAGACGCGGCGGCGUGACGCUUUGAACGACGACGACGAGGACCGCUAGAUCGCUAAGGGCGCGGGGGGGAUCCACGCGGACGGAAGGAAGAGAGAGAUAGAGACAUAAGAGGAAGGAAGCUACGGCGUCGAGUUCCGCGGUGGCGACUAUGCGCGUCAUCGAUCGCGCGCACCUCCGCGAUCGGCCGGAGAUGUGAUACCGGAAGUAGGCCAGGCAGGGUUGACCUGCGUGGGCGUGCAGGUAUCGCGACGUACGGGUGCGUGCGUGCGUGCCGUGCAUAGGCCGCAGGUGUGCCGCGUGGACCCGCGGGGGGGCCAGCAGUCGUAGAGAUGAGCGUCGCCGCGAUAACCUGCCCGUCACCGACGUACCCGACGUCGGGGACCAACCCCUGGUGCAGUACCACCGCUGUGCGGCUGCUCUGCGUCGUCUUGGUCUUCUCUUGGAUUAUCCUCGAUCAGCCGGCCCUGGGUCUACCGAAUCCCUCGGAGCUCACGACCGUAGAAGAUCUAUCCGAUAGAGGCACGAAAAAGUUUGGUGAUGACUGUCUGGUGGACAAAGAAUGCGGCUUUGCUGGCUCCUAUUGUGAAUCAAAAAAGAACAAGUGCGCCUGCAAGGAAGAAUUUGAAGCCACGAACCAUAUCGACAAGUGCGGACACGCUGCGAACGUGAACGAGUCCUGUUUCUUCCACGAGCAAUGCGAGGCGCGGGUGAUCCAAACGGAAUGUCGCGAUGGUCGAUGCAUCUGCCUCUUCGAGAAAAUCCCGAUGAUGCAAGCGGAGGGUGUAAUAAUCUGCGUAGCCGAGGUCAAAGAGUCACCCAGCCUCCAGUACAUCGAUCCAGCGAUGAUCGGCGUUCUCGUUGGCAUGGCACUGAUGUUCAUCAUCAUUUGUGUCGUUCUUAGACUUUUCAGCAAGGCUCGCUGGCGAGAGAACCGCACUAUCUUUAAUACACCCAACGCGCGAUUGAUGAACGUCUCGCUGCUGAGAGAGAACAAACUUUUGCACACUCAGGAGAGACGCGGCUCGAGAGCUCCAUCGAGACAACCCUCGAUGGCAUCUUUGAGAGCCCACUCACCGAACGCCUCGCAAGGUGCGAAACACUCUCACCACUCACAGCACAGAAUGAGCCGGUCACGCACAGGAUCGCGACGUGGGAGCCACAACAGCAGCGGGAACGCUUCGGCCGCCUCGGUGAAAUCUAAUAAAUCUCCGAAUCAUACGAACAACGUCACCGACCCGGUCCUGGAGAACGUUACCAUCGAGAUUCGCAACGCGAAGGCAUAAAAUAGGACCGUCUUAGCACGAACAAUCUGAUCGACAACACAUUCCUGUUUAUCAUUAGCCCAACAUAGAUUAACGCUGCGCUACAUCGCAUAGUUCGCCGUCCGUAAAUAAAUCUUCGACCCGCGCGUAUAAAUUGGCCAGCUCGGUCUCCAACGUUUCCGUUCAGUGGGUUGAGGAACGAAAAUGUAACGUUCGAUAAUGCAAAUAUCAUUGGUAAAAAUACUUUCGCCUAGAUAAAUUGCGACGAAAUACCGACGAUUUGAGAUCUCGACUGAUGUCAAGAUCUCGACGAGGUGGAGGUAUAAAUUAUCAGUAAUUGGGAUCGCCUAAGUACGUAUUGAUGCUGCUUUAAUCAAUAGUAGGAGAACCAUCCGGUUAGAUUAAUCGCGAGGAGUCUUUUCAGCAGUGUUUCUCUUUUGAUAUAAUUCGAUAUUCCUCUAUUUAAUAGAAACGUAAUCUAAUAGAACGUAAUUGAAUGAUCGUCAAGAACGUUGAUUUUUGUUUAAGUUUCUUAUUUGCUGAUAGAAAAAUCCUCUCAAAGAAAUAGAAAAGAAACAUAGUUCGUUAAAAGAUAAACUAUCAGUAACGCCUAUUAUGAUGUUUUUAGCAAUAGCAGUUGUAACUAAAACUGACCGAUUAGUGAUCGUAUUGAUUACAUCAAGUUUAAUCGUUUAUAUUAACUUGGACGGAAUGUUAAUGAGCUGUCUUGAGAACAGAGAAUUGUUUAGCAAAAAAAAAGCGAUUCGGUACACGCGAUCCAAUACGUUUAAGUUGUGAAAUAUCGUAGAAAAUAUUUCGGGAGAAAUUCCGUUUGAAGAACAUUAUUAAAAAAAGAUGAAAAAAAAAUCCGGUGCAAUAAAUUGAGAAAAUUUGAGAGAAAAUGAGAGAGAUGAAAAAUCAUCAUACCUCUUUAUACUGUGACAACGUAAUUCUGUUGCUCGUCCGACUAUCGAUGCAGUUUCUCGACCCUUUACUUCAUGAUAGUUGUUUUAAUUAUUUCAGAAAUCAAAACGCGGCCAACGUAACAUUUGCGACAAUUUCGAAACAUACACGUAAUGUAAAGGCCUUUCGGACCAAGCGGUUGCGAACACCGCAUUCAAUCGUUCUGUUUAAUGGAAAUGUAUGUAACAUACGUAACAAGUAAUUGGUGUACCAUUGUAUGCUAAUAUCCAGUAUAUCAGGGUCACAUAGAGCUCGCAAAAUAUCUCGCAAAGGAUAUAUCAAGAGCGAAUAUAUCCAGUAAUAUAAUAACGUGGUCCGUUAAGGAAGUUAUGGAAAAUAACGGUUGCAAUUGACUGUAAAUUGUCGGUCCACAUACAAGCAAUUAGAAGAUCUCGUUACUCUUAAGAGGAAAGUAUAAACAACAAAUUAAAACGAUGAAUAGUUUUCUUCGACUAGUGCCAACUAGUCGAUUCACAAAUCAUAGAUCACGUUAAGGAUUGAAGCGAGGACAAGUCAUUCACAGCGUCCAUACGAUGAUCGACAAGAUCAGACGCGUACGCCUUUUCCCUGAAAGUUUUUUUUCGGUACGUGACACCGCAGCAUCGAGACGCGGCAGGACGACGAUCGCGAGAUCAACGAUUAUUAAAUCCUUUACAUCGAAAGCGACGCUGCGGCUCGAUUGGCUCGCGAUAAGCCAAC